CAGGUAUCUGCGACUUUUGUUCCUCGAAUGUAAGGGCUGCUCAAGUCCUAAGUCCUCAAAAGGAUCCUUCAUCGUCGACUCAUUGCACCCUAGGACUUGGCCUCUCCCCCCUGCAAUCUACAACCACACUCUUGAAAUCUUUCUUCCCGUCCGAAUUUUGCAGUAUGAGAGAAAAGCUAAAAGCUGUGCCUAUUGAGCUCUCAUCACCAAAAACCUGCUCUGCACCACGAGAACACCCUUACAAUGCCGAGGCAAGCGCUGAGAGGAUGGCCACCCACAACAGUAUCGAGAGAAGCGCAUCGCGACCAAGUAUAAUCAUUGAUACGCCGCCAGAUGGAGGCGCUAGAGCGUGGAUGGUAGUUUUCAGCACGUUUCUCGUUGUUAUGAACACUUGGGGUGUAGCAAACUCCUUUGGCGUCUUUCAGCCAUACUUCACUGGUGUCUUUCUGCGGCCACAGUCCGAUGUCUCGUGGAUCGGUUCCUUUGAAGUAUUCCUGCUCUUCUUUGUCGGGACGUUUACAGGACGAUGGACAGAUAUGGGGUUCUUCCGUCCCUUAUUCGUCACCGGCUUCUUCCUUGUCAUCUCGGGAAUGGUUGCUGCCUCCUUUUGUACCACUUAUUGGCAAUUUUUCCUGGCUCAGGGCGUCUGCCUAGGGCUUGGAAAUGGUUGUCUGUUCUGUCCCUGCAUGGCGGUGACAUCCACGUACUUUGCGAAACGUCGCUCAUUAGCAUUCGGCCUCACAGCCGCUGGGGCUGUUGUCGGGGGUCUCACUAUCCCGAGCAUGGUUCGGCAGCUUUUGCCCAAGAUCGGUCUUGGCUGGACAAUCAGAGCGAUUGCCUUGAUUCAGGUUAUAGCUUUAGUAGUUGCUGGCCUACUGAUCAAGACGAGAAUACCACCACGGCAAGCAGCACCUCUGGUAGAGUGGGCAGCUUUCCGAGAAUCAGAGUAUGGUUUCUAUGCUAUUGGGGCAUUCAUGUGCUUUUGGGGAACCUACUUUGCCUUCCAUUUCCUUGCGGCGUUCUCCCGAGACGUCUUGGGACUUUCUUACAUAGAUUCACUUGACUUGUUAUUGGUUCUCAAUGGUGUGGGUGCGCUCGGAAGAAUUAUCCCGGCUCAAAUUGGGGACAUAAUUGGCACUAUUAACACUUUUGCUCCGAUGGCGUUUAUGACCGGCACCGUCAUGUUUUGUUGGAUUGGUGUGCAAAACACGACGGGGCUGUACGUCUGGGCGGUUUUUUAUGGCUUUGCUGUUGGCGGAAUCCAGUCGCUAUUCCCAUCAGUACUCAGCAGCUUGACCACGGACCCUCAAAAGCAGGGUACGAGAAUGGGUAUGGUUUUCACGGUAGUCAGCUUCGCAUCUCUCACCGGAUCGCCGAUCGCAGGAGCUAUUAUCGAUGCGAUGGGGGGCAGAUACGUUGGCGCACAAGCAUUUGCCGGUUGUUGCAUGAUUUUGGGAAUGGCAUUCGUUCUUUCUGCACGGGUUUGCAAGACGAGGAAAAUGGGAGCGGGGGCGUUUGCCUUCAUCAAGGUUUGAUAAACUUCUGCGAGACACUCAUCGCG